AUGCCACCCUCCCUCUCCAAUGAUGUCCUACUGCUAAUCGGGGAGUUCCUGGAGGAUCAUCAAGACCGCUAUAAUCUUCUCUUCGUGUGUCGUCAUUUUCAUGAGCUGUUCCGUCGACUCGUAUACCGAUAUGCAGCGCUGAAGGACUGCAGCCAGACGCGCUCAUUUCUGAGGGCCGCUUUGCGACACCCCGAGCUGGCUCGGGCCGUUCGCGCUUUGGAUUUGAGUGGGUGGCGGACCCGAUCUGAGUCUUACGAAAGCACCAGUGUGGCUGCAGAGGAGAUGGAAGUGUUUCGCAAUUGGGCUCAAGAAAUCAGUCACUCAGACGAGGAGUACGUCCAGUGGGAGCAGGAUCUGCAGCAGGAUGUCGACGAGGCCUGGAUCGCCCUUCUCCUGCCGCUGGUGAGGAACGUACAGCAGCUACGGUUGGUAUAUCCAAAGGAGAACAGGUAUCUCGACCGCAUGAUGCAGCGGGCCGUUCAGCGAGAGAAGCCGUUCGACUCGCAGCCUGCCUUCCGUGCUCUACGAGACGUGUCCUUGGGUCAUCUGAACGACACCCUGGACAGCAAAGGCACCUACGCCCCCUCUCAGGUGCUCCCAUUCUUCCAGCUACCAUCGAUGCGCGCCGUCACAGUCGAUUCAGUCAUUGAAUCGACGUCGACGGACGAGCAGCCGCAACCAGAGCCAUCGGUCUCAUCGGUAUCUGAAAUUGUCUUGAACUCCAGCAGCGGCGCCAAGGGCAUGACUAGCAUUAUCGCCGCUUGCUCCGCCCUUCGGUCGUUCAAAUACCAGCACUCAGACGGCCAUUUGCUUGCCGAGGGUUACCAGCCGGCUGCCUUCUACCGCUCGCUGUCCGCUAGCAAAGACACUCUGCACACUCUCUGGCUGGACAGCUGUGGGGUGCAUCUCCCCUUCACCAUUGCGGGUGCUAACGAGACGCACGACGAGUGGUUCGGGUCGCUGGCCGAUUUCACGAAUCUGAAGGAUGUGCGGAUCCGGUUGCCGAAUCUUUUGGAUAUCCGGUACCAGGCUGAGCCGACGGUUCCGCUGACGGAGGUCUUGCCGGCUGGAGUGGAGUCGUUGUAUGUGGAAGGAUGCAAGGAGAAUUCGCUGGCGAUGUUGGUAAAGCAGUUGGGAACGCUGCUUAGCGCUUCCCGCAGUGGCGGUGCUGACGGUAAAAGCGGACAGUCACCUGGCUUCAAGGGCUUGAAAAAGCUGGAGAUCGAGGGAAUGUUUCACGAUGAGGAGGAUUACGAGGAUUCCGGAUACGAGGGUUCUGCGGCUGGUGAAAAGGUCAUCAAGGCGCGGGUUUAUGAGAUGGUGGGACCCUUGCGCCGGGCUUGUGAGCUGGCCGGAGUGGGCUUGUUCGUUCGAGACCGUGUGUGCCCGGAGACUAUGAAAUGA